GACCAAACCUAUGAUGACGUCAGGGGAGGAAAUGGAACAUGGAGCCCGAGGCUCAGAGAACAGCAACACUCUCCGCAAUGGACUGAACGGCGCUGGACACAUUCACGCGUUUACCGUCUGACCGACUGCAAAAAUCACACUCUGGGAUUCUGGGUUACACAUUCCGCUUGUAUCUUUCGAAAAGCGUUUUACCGUCGUUGUAGAUAGCACCAUUUAAGCUUACGUUGUACAGUCGCAAAGUGGAAACCAACUUUACGCAUUCAGUUUCUCAAGAAUGGUUUUAUUGUUUCGUCACGCGGAUAUAUCGAGUUUAAUGACCUGUUUUAGAGAAUCUUAGAAUAACUACCGUCUGGAAACUCCUUCGUUUUCUUUUGGAAUUAAAAUGUGCAAUGAGAAGAGCACAGAGAAAAAGUUUAUGUGAACAGAUUUCCUUGAGUUUGUGAGACUGUUAUCUCGGGAUGGUUGCAGCUGUCUCUCUUUUAGCGCAGGAGCGAGAUCUCCACUUUGACUAGAAACAAAGAAAAUGCUUCGUGUAAAACAGUGGAAACUUGCGUACUAUCAGCUGGAGGAGGUUUGUUGAGUUGUACAAUGAUUCUUGUGGAAAACAAAGAAGGAUAUUCGACCGCUUCCUUUCGGACUGCUUAAAACCAUGAUAAAUCGACCCAUCUAAUGUUGUGUCGAGUCCGUAUUUUGACCAUGACUUAAAGGAGUGCUGACCAGCGUCUCUGCUUGAUGGCUUUUGACGAAUAUUCAUCGCAGAGAUCGUGUUUAGAUAUAAACAACAACAACGAAAGGCUUUCUGGGCUAUUUAUAUGCUAAUCUAACCCCCUCUUCUUGCCGUGUGAAUAUCAACGAAGGCAGGAGUUAUGUCGGUGGGCGCUACUUGCGUCUUUUUCCUGGCUUUUGUGCUGCUCAGAGGUUUGAGCUCUGCAGGAUCGAUUAAAUGUAACUUCUAUGAAAACUCCAAAAGUGCAGGAGGGAAAAGCUCUUCGUCUGGGGACACAGUGGACAGAAAAGUGGCCUGCAGUAACAUGGAGCUCCAUCAGGUGCCUUCUACUGAAUCGUUUCCCAACAGAACUCUCACACUGAUUUUGAGUAACAAUAAAAUCCAGGAACUUCUGAAUGGCUCUUUCAUUGGUUUGUCAUCACUGGAACGACUGGACAUGAAGAACAACAUAAUCACACAUAUUGAACCAGGAGCUUUUUAUGGACUUUUUGCCCUCAAAAAACUAGACUUGUCCAAAAACCUGAUCGGCUGCCUCCAUGUGGAUGUGUUUAAAGGUCUCACAAACCUUGUUAAACUUAACCUUUCGGAGAACAAGUUUUCUUCACUAUCUCAUGGGAUCUUCGACAGCCUUGGCUCUCUGAAAGUACUGGAGUUUGAUAGCCCGUAUCUUCUGUGUGACUGUAACCUGCAAUGGUUGGUGGCCUGGAUCAAAGAGAAGGCUGUAGUGGUGAAGGAAACUCGCUGCUCGUUCCCUCGCUCCCUACAGGGUCAGCUAAUAACCUCGCUCAAGCCUGAAACGCUCACCUGUGACGCUCCUCUAGAGCUUCCCUCCUUCCAGAUGACUCCAUCUCAACAUCAGAUCGUCUUCCAGGGCGACAGCUUGCCAUUUCAGUGCAUGGCCUCUUUCGUGGAUGAGGACAUGCAAGUUCUGUGGUAUCAGGAUGGGAAGAUGGUGGAACCUGAUGCCACUCAGGGCAUCUACAUAGAGAAAAGCAUGGUGCAGAAUUGCUCUUUAAUAGCCAGCGCCUUGACCAUUUCCAACAUCCAGCCGGGAUUCACUGGGAACUGGGAGUGUCGUGUGCGCACCAGUCGAGGAAACAACACUAGGACGGUCCACAUUGUGGUUUUGGAGAGUUCUGCCAAGUACUGUAUGCCAGAUCGGGUGUCAAACAACAAGGGGGAGUAUAGAUGGCCUCGUACACUGGCUGGCAUUACGGCAUACUUGCCCUGUAAACGGCAGGUGACCGGAGCUGGCAUUUAUUCAGGCAGCUCAGCCGAAGAGAGACGUGCAUGGAGGCGAUGUGACCGGGGUGGACAGUGGGCGGAUGACGACUACUCGCGCUGUGAAUAUAUGAAAGACGUCACACGUGUGCUUUAUAUCAUCAACCAGAUGCCUCUGAAUCUGACCAAUGCGGUUCAGACAGCGCAGCAGCUGUUGGCUUACACUGCAGAGGCGCCCAACUUCUCUGACAAGGUUGAUGUGAUCUUUGUAGCAGAGAUGAUUGAGAAGAUUGGCAAGUUUGCAGAGAAGUAUAAAGAGCUGGGAGAUGUGAUGGUGGAUAUCUCCAGUAAUCUGAUGCUGGCUGAUGAGCGAGUGUUAUGGAUGGCUCAGAGGGAGGCGCGAGCUUGCUCGCGUAUCGUCGAGUGCCUGCAGAGGAUUGCCGUUCUCCGAAUCAGUAAUGGGGCUCUGGCCUAUUCUACUAACUCUCAUAACAUUGCUCUGGAGGCUCAUGCGAUCAAGGCCAGCAGCUUCAAUGGAAUGACCUGCACUCUAUUCCAGAAGGUCUCACCGGAGCGCACAGCCAUGGCCAGAGAUCCCGACAUCAACCUAGAGCGCCAGCUCAGCUUCAAAUGCAACGUGACCAGCAACCUGUCAGCUUUGGCUCUCAAAAACACCGUAUUGGAGGCGUCAUUACAGCUUCCCCCGUCUCUCUUCUCAUCUCUGGGAAGUUCAGGUCAGGCUGAAGAGGCCGUCUACAAACUCCACCUUCUAGCCUUCCGCAAUGGCAAACUCUUCCCCCCAACAGGAAACUCCACCGUCCUCAGUGACGGCAGCAAGAGGAGGAGUGUGGUCACACCUGUGAUUCUCACAAAGAUCGAGGGCUUCCAAAUGAAGAACCUGCAAAGUCCAGUGAACGCCACUCUGCGGCGCUUUCUGCAAGGAUCGGAUGCUGUUCCCGCCUUCUGGAACUUCAGUCUGCUGGGCGGACAAGGAGGCUGGCAGAGCGACGGCUGCCGGAUCCUCCACCAGGACGACAACUUCACCACAAUGUCCUGCGAUUCACUUAAUAACUACGCUUUACUGAUGGAUCUGAACAGGACCGGGUACGACGCGUACAGCUUCAAACCUCUUCACCCUGUUAUCUAUGCCACAGCCAUCGUCCUGGUGCUCUGCCUGCUGUCAGUCAUAGUCAGUUACAUCUACCACCACAAGUCAGUGCGUAUAAGUAAGAAGUGCUGGCACAUGCUGGUUAACCUGUGCUUGCAUAUUCUCCUCACCUGUGCUGUGUUUGUGGGCGGCAUCAACCAAACGUACAACGCAAGUGUUUGUCAAGCGGUGGGGAUAGUGCUGCAUUACUCCACACUGGCCACGGCCUUGUGGUCCGGCGUAACUGCACGCAACAUCUACAAACAGGUGACACGGAAGGCCAAACGCUACGAGGAGCUGGAUGAGCCUCCACCUCCACCCAGACCUAUGCUGAGAUUUUACUUAAUAGGUGGAGGCAUACCGAUCAUUGUCUGUGGAAUAACAGCUGCUGCUAACAUCAAAAACUAUGGAAGUCAAGUUAAUGCACCUUACUGCUGGAUGGCAUGGGAACCCAGUCUCGGAGCGUUUUAUGGCCCGGCAGCCUUCAUCGUUUUCGUGGAUUGCAUGUACUUCCUCAGCAUUCUCAUUCAGCUCCGUCGGCAUCCCGAGCGCCGCUUUGAACUCAAAGAACAGUCCGAGGAGCAGCAGCACCUUUCUGUGGCUGAAGCGACCGAAAUUACACCUGCCCAUCUGGAGACCUCAUCCACAGCCGCCGCACACCCGGUUUUGAUGUCGGCUCUGGAGAACGAACAUACUUUUGUGGCCCAACUCAUUGGUGUUGCAGGAGCCCUAGCUCUUUAUGUAACAGUGUGGGUGUUUGGUGCUCUCGCGGUGUCCCAGGAGCAUCCAGCGGAUUUGGUGUUCGCCUGCCUGUUCGGCGCUGUUGCUUUAGCCCUCGGGGCGUUUUUUGUGGCGCACCAUUGCGUAAACCGCCAGGACAUGCGUCGUCAUUGGUCACGAGCUUGUUGCCUGAUUCGCCGUAACUACGGCGUACAAGUUGAUUCCCUGCUAUUGCCUAUCACGGUUACCGGUGGCUCUGUGCUGACGGCCAGGGGAAACAGUGAAGCAGCGAAGUGUCCAGCCAGCAGCGCUGAAUCCUCCUGCACCAAUAAGAGUGCACCGAGCGUACGCAACUCCACCCAAGGCUGUAAACUGACCAAUCUGCAGGUCGAAGCCGCUCAGUGCAAAGCGGCCCCUUCAACGGCCAAUGGAACGGCUUUACUGGACAACAGCUUGACUGAACAUUCAGUCGACAAUGAGAUUAAGAUGCAUGUAGCGCCUGUUGAGGUCCAGUAUCGGCCCAGCUCAGUCAACAACAACAAUCUUCCGGGAACGGGCAACGCGAACAUCAACGGUCACUCGGGGCGACACCACAAGAACCGUACAAGAGCUCAUCGGGCCAGCAGGCUCACCGUUUUGCGCGAGUACUCUUACGACGUCCCGACCAGCGUGGAAGGCAGCGUGCAAAGCGUCCCGCACAAGCGCCACCAUCACGAGAGCCUACACGCCCGCAAUAGCCGACGGGCGGCCUAUUUGGCUUACCGGGAGCGCCAGCAGAGCCAGCUUCAACAGGACAGCAGCGACGCCAGCGCCAGUUUGCCGCGCCGCUCACGCCAUCUUGGCAAGGUGGAGGCGUUCCGCCUCGGUAAUGGUUUCGGGCACGGCCUCAGCAACAAUGUGGGGAACGGCGUCAGUAAUGGAAGCUUAGUCGGAGGAGGGGACGGAUCUGGGACCGAUGUCACCAGCCAAAUUAGAGACUGUCCAAAACAACCCCUCGCUGUUGAACUGGAGGUACAGCCCAAGUCUUACGGGUUGAAUCUAGCGUGCCAAAACGGACCUGCCAAAGACUCAGAGAGACUACAGAAUUUGUCCCCCCUAAAUGUGGAGAGUUCAGGGAAUAUUAAGACUGGCUUGUGGAAGCACGAAACUACUGUGUAGCAAGAUUCCCUUCUCAGAGACUACAAAUCAGACUUUUAUCUAUAACUGUGAAUCUUUUAUUUUAUGAUUUUGGUGGUACAGUUUGUAAAAAUAGUUCCUAAAUGAAUUUACGUUUUAAUGUUUAUGUUCGAAAACUGAGUACCUACAAAUGCUUGGCUGCGAAUCAUCAUAGUCAGUCUACAAAUGGUCUAUUUUUGUACCCUUUAGCCCAUUUUGUAUUUUCAAUCUGACAUUUGAUAUGUGAAGAUGCAUGACUCGCUGCCCUUUGAGUAUAUGUUGGCUGAAUCUCUUAAUGUGUUUUCACAUAAUUGUGGCCAUCGAAGUAGUAGUAAUAAUAAUAAUAAUAAUAAUAAUAAAAAAAAUGCAGCCCACUUAAUCUCAUCUCUGAGUUCCAGAGGUGAGUUCAGACCCCUUCAUCUGAGAGCUUCCUUUAGGCCUUGUGGUUUUGAUUAAUUGGGAGCUUAUUAAAGGAUUAGUUCACUUCAGAAUUAAAAUUUCCUGAUAAUUUACUCACCCCCAUGUCAUCCAAGAUGUUUAUGUCUUUAGUUGAAAAGAAAUUAAGGUUUUUGAGGAAAA